AUGCGGCUUCUCCACUAUGACGCGCUGGGAAGGCUCGUCUUAACGGAUUUCCGCGGCAAGACGAUCCCACCCUACGCCAUUCUGUCGCACAGAUGGAGCGACGCUGAGAUCCUUAUCGAAGACAUAUUAAACGGAACCUACAAGGAGAAGGAAGAAGGCUAUCGAAAGCUUAGGUUCUGUGCUAAUCAAGCAGCCCAGGACAAUCUGCAGUACUUCUGGAUCGACACUUGCUGCAUCGACAGGUGGAACAACAAUGAGCGCUCGAAGGCUAUUAACUCGAUGUUCCAGUGGUACAAGAAUGCGGCGCAAUGCUACGUCUUCUUGCUAGACGUCUCGGUGUCGACUGAGGCAGAGCCGGUCCAACGCAGCGACUGGGAAGCGUUAUUCCGUGCAAGCGCAUGGUUCACUCGGGGAUGGACCCUGCAAGAGCUGAUUGCGCCAGCGUCAGUCGAUUUCUUCUCACGUGAAGGAUAUCCCAUAGGCGACAAAGCGUCGCUCGACCAGCUUAUCCACGAGAUUACUAACAUCCCGCUCGCGGCGUUGCGUAACUGUCCUUUACACGAGUUCAGUACAUCCGAGCGAGAGAGAUGGGCCGAAAGUCGCAGAACAACGGAAGGGGAAGACGUUGUAUACUGCCUGCUUGGGAUUCUUGGUGUCUCUAUGCCCACCACGUAUGGCGAAGGACAGGAGAGUGCACGACGCAGACUGCGGGCUGAAUUGGAGGGAGCUGUUGACGCACCGUCGAUCAUUCCCUUCUCACGAAACCCCCGCUUUGUAGGCCGAGAGUCACAGCUCGCCGAGCUAGAAGCAAAGCUCUUUAGCAACGACCAGACCACGACCACACUAGCAAUCGUUGGACCUGGCGGAACUGGCAAGUCGCAGCUCGCGCUCGAGGUUGCGCACAGAACAAGGCAGAACAACAAGAACUGCUUGGUCUUUUGGAUGGACGCAAGCGACAAAGACAGUCUCUACCAGUCCUAUGCAAGUGUUGCGCAGAAGAUUAGCGUUCUAGGCUGGGACGACGACCAGGCCGACAUGAAGCAGCUUCUGAAACGCUGUCUAGUAGAGAUUAGUGCCCGAAAAUGCUUAAUGAUCUUCGACAAUACAGAGCACACCACCCUGCGAUCUAGCGGCUCAUGCACGACAGAAGCCUCAGAUCUGGCCGAUUGUUUACCGCAGUCUAAACUAUGUUCUGUCAUCUUCACAACAACGAACAGCGCUACAGCUCAGGCGCUCGCUUUACAGAACAUCAUAACGCUGCGAAAGUUAACACUAGAUGCAGCGCUAAGAAUGCUGCAAGUCCGCUUAGCGAAGACGCUCGCGAACAUUGAGCAGCUGGAAGCCGAGCACCUGCUUAGAGAGCUAUCGUAUCUGCCUCUAGCAGUUAUGCAAGCAGCGGCCUAUAUAGAGGCUAGCGGUAUAACAGUGCAAGAGUAUCGAUCACGACUAGAUGAUUAUAAAGAACCAGCUAUCGAGCACAGCGGUGACUCGUCUGAAGGCAGAAUACAAGAGUCUGGCGUGGAAGGCCCUGUAGCUGCUGCACUGUUUCUCUCCAUAGACCAGAUUAGCCGUGAUCAUGCGUUUGCCGCAGACUGUCUGUUUCUUGCUGCAUGCGUAGACCGAAAGGACAUCUCGCUUGAUCUUCUAGAGGCAGUCUCGAUGCAAGCAAGAGAAGAUGCUAUUAGGAUGCUUGAUAAGUAUGCGCUUGUCACCAGACGACCUGCUGAGUCUGCGCUAGAUCUUCAUCGACUCGUCCAUCAAGCCCUACGUAAGCGACUGCAAAUGCAGGGACAGCUCCAAGAAUGGACUCAACGCACUAUCACACAGCUACUUCAAGUGUUUCCAGACGAUGACCAUAGUAACAGAAGCAAGUGGAGACGACUGCUUCCGCAUGCCCAGUAUGCUUUGUCACAUAGUUCGGCGGAUAAUAACGACGAAGAAAGAACACGCCUUGCAUCAAAAUGUGCUACGGCUCUGUUUAGUGACGGACGGUAUGAGGAGGCCGAAGAGCUAUAUGUGCAAGUGAUGCAGACGAGGAAGAGAGUGCUUGGCGACGAGCAUCCUGACAUGCUGAGCAGCAUGAACAACCUAGCGGCGACGUACUGGAACCAAGGGCGAUGGAAGGAGGCCGAAGAGCUGCAGGUGCAAGUGAUGCAGACGAGGAAGAGAGUGCUUACCGACGAGCAUCCUGACACUCUGACCAGCAUGAACAACCUAGCAUUGACGUACUGGAACCAAGGGCGAUGGAAGGAGGCUGAAGAGCUGCAGGUGCAAGUGCUACAGACGAGAAAGAGAGUGCUUAGCGACGAGCAUCCUGACACUCUGACCAGCAUGAACAACCUAGCGUCGACGUACAGGAACCAAGGGCGAUGGAAGGAGGCCGAAGAGCUGGAAAUGCAAGUGCUACAGACGAGCAAGAGAGUGCUUAGCGACGAGCAUCCUAACACGCUGACCAGCAUGGCCAACCUAGCGGCGACGUACAGGAACCAAGGGCGAUGGAAGGAGGCUGAAGAGCUGCAGGUGCAAGUGCUACAGACGAGAAAGAGAGUGCUUAGCGACGAGCAUCCUAACACGCUGACCAGCAUGGCCAACCUAGCGGCGACGUACAGGAACCAAGGGCGAUGGAAGGAGGCCGAAGAGCUGCAGGUGCAAGUGCUACAGACGAGCAAGAGAGUGCUUACCGACGAGCAUCCUGACACGCUGACCAGCAUGGCCAACCUAGCGUCGACGUACAGGAACCAAGGACGAUGGAAGGAGGCCGAAGAGCUGGAAAUGCAAGUGCUACAGACGAGCAAGAGAGUGCUUAGCGACGAGCAUCCUAACACGCUGACCAGCAUGGCCAACCUAGCGGCGACGUACAGGAACCAAGGGCGAUGGAAGGAGGCUGAAGAGCUGGAAGUGCAAGUGCUGCAGACGAGCAAGAGAGUGCUUACCGACGAGCAUCCUGACAUGCUGAGCAGCAUGAACAACCUAGCGUUGACGUACUGGAACCAAGGGCGAUGGAAGGAGGCUGAAGAGCUGCAGGUGCAAGUGAUGCAGACGAGGAAGAGAGUGCUUACCGACGAGCAUCCUGACACGCUGACCAGCAUGAACAACCUAGCAUUGACGUACUGGAACCAAGGGCGAUGGAAGGAGGCUGAAGAGCUGCAGGUGCAAGUGCUGCAGACGAGCAAGAGAGUGCUUACCGACGAGCAUCCUGACAUGCUGAGCAGCAUGAACAACCUAGCGUUGACGUACUGGAACCAAGGGCGAUGGAAGGAGGCCGAAGAGCUGCAGGUGCAAGUGAUGCAGACGAGGAAGAGAGUGCUUACCGACGAGCAUCCUGACACUCUGACCAGCAUGAACAACCUAGCGUUGACGUACAGGAACCAAGGGCGAUGGAAGGAGGCUGAAGAGCUGCAGGUGCAAGUGAUGCAGACGAGGAAGAGAGUGCUUACCGACGAGCAUCCUAACACGCUGACCAGCAUGGCCAACCUAGCGGCGACGUACAGGAACCAAGGGCGAUGGAAGGAGGCCGAAGAGCUGCAGGUGCAAGUGCUACAGACGAGCAAGAGAGUGCUUAGCGAUGAGCAUCCUGACACGCUGAACAGCAUGCAUAAUCUCGCCUUCACGCUGCAGUCGCAAGCUCGUCACGAAGAGGCUUUUGCACUGAUAGAAAGAUGCUUACAGCUGCGUGAGCAGGUUCUUGGCAAGGAACACCCUAAUACACAGUUAUCGCUUAGUAUCCUGAGCAGCUGGCGAGUCGAGUGUGAGUAA